CAGAGAGAAUGGACAAAUUUAACAUUGAAAUGCUUAUUUCUGAGGUGCAAAGCUACCCAGUUUUGUGGCAGGAUAGCCACAAAGACUUCAAAAAUAAAAAUAUCACUGACAACAUAUGGAAAAAACUGGGAGAAAUAUGUGGUUGUUCUGGAGAAGCAGCAAAAGGAAAGUGGAAGAAUUUAAGAGACACAUACAGGAGAAAUCUGCAAAAGAGUCAACCAGCAAAAUCGGGCUCCGAAGCUCCGAAGCGUUGUUCCGGAUCCUAUGGAUGGGAAUCUCUUGGAACCAGAGCAAUAUCAAUGUUGCAAUCCUAAUUAUUCGACUUUGAUUAACGAUCUACUAAGUGAAGAAGACUCUGUUUUUAAAACUGUUGAUAUGCCUGAAACCAGCACUUCUGCUUCCACCAGUUGCUCUACAAAUGUGCCACCAAAAACAAAGAAAAGGAAGGGAAGUACAAGCGAGUUUGAAUCUGAAUUUCUCCAAAUUGAAAAGGAGCGAAUGGAAAUUUUAAAAGCUGAGAUAGAAAAGAAGGAAGAAGAUGAUGAUGAUCUUCAGUUUUUAAAAAUUUUCUUGCCAUUUAUGCGGCAGUUUAACAAUAUUGAAAAAUUAGAAGUCAGAGGAGAAAUACAAAAUGUAAUUUUAAACAAAUACCGGACAUCGUUUGCCAAUAAUCAGAACAAACAGUAAAGUAUAUAUGUAUGUAAUAUUAUGUUUAACUUAAAUAAAUAAAUAAAAUAAAAUUUAUGUUUAACUUACCUCAA